AAAACAAAGUCGGUUUCCCGGGAAACGCGCACACCAAACAAAGUGAAUCUCCGUACUGAGCUUGCAAAACGGUGCUGAUAGGAGCAGCAAACAGACCGCAGCGGCAACAGACAGCAGACACCAAAACACACACAGUCAACUGUCAUGAACGUCACGAGCCGCUCUUCAACAUUAGCUUGAACGGUUGACAACUAGGUGGCGCUGAACGGGCAGGGUUCGUAAACUCGAACGGUUACUGGAGGCGCUGCUAAAUUAUUCAAAUACAAUGAACGUUAAAUUAUGGGUGCAAGGUAUCAAUCCUGUGGAAGCGGAAUCGGAUUGUGGCUGGAAGGAAAUAAAUUUAUGCGAGCUGAUGAAGGAAAAUUCGAUUUCAUCUAAAAUACAACUACAGUUUGGUCAACUGUACAGUUUUAUCGCAUACGAACAUAAACUACACAUCUUUUGUGUUCUAACAGGCGAUAGCAGGACGGCUACUCUCGACGCAAGCAUUACAUCCAUAGCCGCAAAUAGUAAACACUGUUUAGUUCUGUUGUCGACUGGCCAGUUGUUCAAGUACGAUUGUUUGGCCGAAAAAGUGGUUCAGGUAAAUUUUCUCGGCAUAGAGGACGACGGUGUAAAUAAGACACCGAACAAAUGUUCCAUAACCCAUGUGGCCUGUGGGGAAUGCGUGUCCGUAGCUUGUACCUCCACAAACGGCGUGUACAAUAUACCGAAUUGCACGGUCACGCUUCCGCGACACGUGCGGAUUAGGAAAGUUGCAGCUGGAUUUGAGCAUUGUCUGCUGCUCACCACGAACGGAGAUGUGUACAGUUGGGGUGGCGGAUUGCGAGGACAGCUCGGAAACGGAGAAAUUACCGCACUCAGUGAUCAACCGCGGAUCGUGGAAGGAUUGGCUGGAGUGAAAGUAAUUGACAUUGCCGCACAAGGAUGGCACUCGGCUGCGGUAUCCUCCUUCGGUGAUCUGUAUACCUGGGGCUGGAACAAUAAGGGUCAGCUCGGGUUACCGGAUCCCCAGCACAACGAGCGUGUCGUAUCGCUGCCGCAUCUCGUAUCCUUCCCGGGUGAUGAUGAAGUAACGGUGGAAAAAGUACACUGCGGCAUAGGACACACCAUCGUGGAAGUGGCCGCUGCCGACGGAAGGAAGGAUGCGUUAAUUGCCGGAUGGGAACUAGCUACUCGGUUUAGCUAUACAGAUGCUUCAUCGGCAUCAUCCAACUUCGAAGGCUUUCGGAAGCUUGACAAACCCGUACAGGAACGCGACGCCUCCUUGGAGUUGGGAACGGGCGCAUACCAAGUGUACUUCCUGCAGCGUGUUCGAAGCGAAUAAAACUCACCCAAAAUGCCACAAAAAGUCACACAAUCCUUGACCUGAUUCCGCUGGAUGCUAUCUAUACCGUAGGCCAAAAAACAGAACAAAAUACGCGGCAGUGCAAGGGCGGGCACAUGACGCUGCCGGUGCUGCUGCCAUGAGGCUGUAAAAUUUUGAGGAAACAAGUUUUGCACGCUUUUCAAGUACGCGAGAUCUUACGCAGCGAAGACAGCAAAAGCGGAGAGAAGAGAAGAAAAAAAAAAAAACUCGACAUAUCGCGAACGCUCUCAUAACCGAGGAGUCGGCAUUGAAAGAAAAUGCAGGCCGCCCGCCCUACACUGGGUGAUCGACAUCGGCAGCAACGGAUCGCGUAUGCUGGAGGCGGUGUGCCGCGGAGCUAGGGAAGGAAGCGGUAUCGGGCAGGAUGUUGCUAUGGUGUUGCUUGAGGCCGGCUGGCUAUGUUCAAGGCUAACUCAGCUGGCCAAAAAUUGCAAAGAAAUGAGGUCACAGCGUCUCCGUCUCCGACGUCGGGACGUGCACAUCCUUACCGUGCCGGCCAGCAUCCUUGCUCGGCAGACAGAGCAGCACAGAAAACACCAACUCUGUACGCAAAAGUCACCAAUGCACUUUUGCAGCGAACAUGCAUGCACUUUUGCAGUGAGACGUAAAGUUUUUUUUCUGUCUUAUUAUUGCUCUUUUUGCUUUGCGGUGCAGUUUGCAACGCUUUCGCCGAAAUCGCUUGGCAAACAAAAGGGCACGGUGGACAGCCAGAAGCAGAAAGAAAACAGCAAAAGGAAGGAAACGCGAACAACGAAACGACGCGCUUCUUAAAGCCAGACAGACCGGGUCGAACCCUCGAAAAAUCGAGAGUGAAAAUAAGAUCAAGGCCAGCCAGUUUCUUCCUGCCGGCUGCACAUUGCUGCAACGGGCCGGUUUCGGUGUUCGGUGCAUGCGCAAAACGCAACUCGAGUGCACUUUUCGCUGCAGUCCCGUCCGAUGUGGUAAUUGUGUGUGCAAUCGACGCCGAGGACGAAGACGAAUGACGUCGAUCGUAGGAUGACGAUCUGGGUGAUGGGCUGACUAUGGCCGGGGACAUGCGGCAACGAUCGACGAUGCUUUCGUCCAACAAAAAAAAAAAAAAAAAAAAAAAAACAAAAAAAAAAAAAAU